AUCCCCCAACCAACUGAGUUUUAGGAAGAGCCAGCGUGGAACAUUUUUUCCAAAUUUCAACUAGAUACCCGGCGCGAGCAACGAAGGCUGCGGAUUGACGCCCACCACUGGUUGAAUUUACAUUUUAACACUUGUUGACCUACGUGAUAGCCCGGCAGCGGCCGUAGGGCCGGGGAGAUCCCGCGACCAUGCCUCAAGGCCGCGGUUCUCGGGGCCGCGGAAAGGGCAAUCACGAGGCGUUUACAUAUAUUGACGCCUCAGGCCGUGGCUCAGGCACAUCGCGUGGGGGCGGACGCGGGGGGCGUGGAGGUGGCCGUGGUGGUGGCCGUGCAGGGACAGGAGCACCUGCUCGCGACGAUGCCGGCUUUCCUGCUGGCUCCUCGCCACCUCGGGGACACGAUGGCGGCAGGGGCGGCCGCGGCGGAGGCCGCGGAGGCCGCGGUGGGCCUUCCCGCACUGGCGAGGAAGGCGGCGGCGGCCGCGGAGGCCGCGGAGGGCGCAGCGCGGGGGCAGCGCAGCUAGGCACCAGCCCAUAUGGUCGCGGCAGCGGCGGCCUCAGUGGCGGCGGCGGCUUCAGCGGCGGCGGCGGCGGUUUUAGCGGCGGCAGCGGCUUUAGCGGCGGCGGCGGCUUUAGCGGCGGCGGCUUUACGCCGUCGGGCGGCGGCCGCGGUGGCGCUGCCGGCGGGCGCACGGCAGGCCGGACGCCCGGCAGUGCGGGCCGGGGCGCCGGUGGUUCCGCGCACAAGGGCGGCCCCGCAGCCCCCACCAUCUACGGCCUGGCCAACCAGUACCUGUUCGUCGAGCUGGAGAGCGACGGCGUGUGGAAGGUGUCGGUGCCCAACGGCCAGCGCUUCAGCAAGGCCUUCCUGGCGGGACUGGAGGUGUGGGCGCGACAGCUGCUGGCAGGUGAGGAGCCUGUGCUGCAGCGCGCAGUGGCGGCCGCCGCCAAGACGCCCAGCGCCGCGGCGCCAAGCAACGGCUCUGGCGCUGGCGCAGACAGCACCUCCGGCCGGGUUCCCAAUUUCAUCCCUCCACCGCCGCCACCUUCCGGCACCACUGGCGCGCACCCUAUCACCACGCUCACUGGCAGCGGCCUACCUGGCCUGGACACCAUCGCCAAGUCCGCUGGCGGCGGCAGCGGCGGCGCCGGCAGGGCCCCCGCGCCCGGCCUCAUCCCGCCGCCGCCGCCGCCCGCGGCGCCGCUGGCAGCCGGCGGCGCCGUCGCAAACCCUGACGCCGACGGCGCGCUGGACUUCGUAUCCAUGCUGCAGGCGCAGAUGGGCUUGGGUGGCAGCGGCGGCGGCGCCGCCGCCAGCAGCAACUUCGCCACGCCGGGCUCCGCCGCCGCCAACGGGAGCUACACCGGCAGCGUGCGUGUGGACGGCGGUGGUCGGGGGAGCGCCGCCGACGGCGAGGCCGACGCGGAGUCGCCGGAGGUGGGCCCCGUGGCGGCGGCGGCGGCGGCGGCUGGGGGUGCGGGUGCGGACGCUGGUGCGGGGGAGUACCGCGGCCUCAUGGCGGCUGUGGAGGAUGAGAUGGCGGCGGCCGGGCCCGUGUCGCACAACCCGUUCGCGCUUGAUAACGAGGAGGCGGAGCAGGAGGAGGAGCAGGAGGGGGAGGAGGAGGAGCUGGAGGAGGAGGAGGGGCACGAGGAUGAGGAGGAGUUGAUGGAGGAGGAGCUGGAGAAGGAAGGAGGCGCGUGUGAAGAUGACGACGACGACGACGAGGCCUACCUGGACGACUAUGAUGAGGAGCGCGACGACUACGAUGAGGAUGAGGAUGAGGACGAGGAUGAGGAUGAGGAUGAGGAUGAGGAUGAGGACGGCUCGUACGACGAGUCCGCCGAGGCCUACCUGGCCGACCUGGAGGAGCAGGACAUGCACCCGGGCGACCCCACACCCCCGGCGGCCGUCGCGGCAGCAGGCGGCAGCGGCAGCGCAGCCAAGGCCGGCGGCCGGCCGGCGCCGCCGCGCCUGGCGGCGGCCGCAGGCGGCCGCGGCGGCGGCGGCUCCGCCGCCGCCUUCCCGUCCUUCAUCCCGCCGCCGCCUCCGGCGGCUGGGGCCGCGACGCCGCCGCCCCCGCCGCCUCCUGCUCCCAUCGCCCGCGCUGCGGCUGCCGCCUCCCCGGCGCCGCCUGCAUCUACAGCUGCUGGCGCCGCCUCCGGCGCCCGGCCGGUCGGCAGUGUGCCGAUCAGCCUGGGGCUGCUGCGGCAGCUGCGCAGCCUGGACGAGUGCGGGCGGCUGCGUGUGAGUGUGCGGCUGGAGCGCCAGUCGCUGAACGACACGGAGCUGGAGAUGGUGGCGGACUGGUUCCAGCCUUGCACGGGCUCCUUGCGGUGGGGUGGGGUCAUGAAGGGCCGGCCACGGCUGCAGGACCAGGAGCGGGCGGCCUCGCUACUGGUGCCGGCCAAGUUGUGGCUCUUCGACAACCGCAUCGGGGACGUCGGCGCGGCGGCUGUGGCUCGCGCGCUGCUGCACCCGGCCCUUCAGGAGCUGCACCUGUCCCACAACUUCAUCGGGGACAAGGGCGCUGCCGCGCUGGCUGCCGCGCUGCCAGCUCAGCGGCCCGCGGGGCUGCGGCCGCUGUGGUUGCGGCUGGAGUGGAACAUGCUCAACGUGGACCUUCUGCGGGAGCGCCUGGACGAGCAGGCGGUGGCGCGCGGCCUCGUCACCGACAUCCCGCGGAUAGAGGCGACGGGCAAGCCUACGGGCCGUGUGCAGCCCGGCGCGGCCGGAAGUUCCGGCGGCGGCGGCGGCGGCUUCGCGCCCGGUCACGACUUGAAGCUGGUGCUGCAGCGGGGCGUGGCGGCGGCGGUGCAGCUGCCGUGGAUCACGUGCCAGAAGCAGGCACCCAGCGAGGCCGACGUGCUGCGGGCAGUCAAGGGCUUUUACAGGGAGCGGGCGCCCGAGCCCGCCGCGGCCGCGGCCUCCAGUUCAGCGCCUGCACCCAAGCCCGCGCUGGCGUCCGCGGCGCCGGCUCCCACGCCUCCCAGCAAGCCCAAGCCCGCCACGCCGGCAGCGCCCGCCAUGCCGCCGCCUCCGCCCGUGCUGCCCGAGCCUCAGCCCGGUGACGAGCUGUACCGGGCCGGGCCGCUGCUGCUGUUCCCGGACACCUCGGCGCUGCUGGCCAUGCUGGGAGGCAACGCGUCGCAGCUGGCGGGUCGGGCGCCGCCGCUGGACUGGGGGCUGCUGCUGGAGCUGGCGGGCGAGGGGCGCUUCGGCCGCAGCCUGCCGCCGGAGGAGCAGGUGUUUAUCGUGGUGGCGGACUCGGUGAUGAAGCAGUUGGACGGACUCAAGACGUCUAUGGACGCGUGCUCGGCCAUCCGCCGCUUCAUGCGAGACGGGCUGGAGCAGGCGGGCCCCGCGGGCUACGACUUCCUGACGCUGCUGGGCAGCCACGAGGGCGAGGGCCUGGCUCUGGAGGCGGGCGGGCGGGAGGGGCUGGCGGGCAGCCGCAGCGCCGCCGUGUCCAGCCGGGGCCAGGCGGUGGACAUGAAGAUUGUGGAGGUGGCGCUGUUCUUCCAGGGCGAGGUGGUCAGGGCCAUUGAGCCCACUGCCGAGGGCGCCGCCGCCGCCGCGGCCUGCUGCCUGCCAGUCAUGCUGUUGUCCAACGACAACGGACAAAUCGCCAGCGCCAAGAGCCACGGCCUGCCGGCCUUCAGGCUGUCCUCGGCAACGGACCUGGCUGCGCAGCUGGCGGAAGUGCGCAGCAGCGGCGGCGCCCUGACGGCCACACUGCUGCGCCGCCUGCUGGCACCUCAGGCGACCAAGGGUCUUGGCUCCAUUGCUACCCGCAGCGUCCAGGAGCACUUCGACUGCGCCGUGGGCACGAUGCAGGGCGUGGUGGACGCAUUGGCUGCGUUGGCGGGGCCCCUGGAGCAAGUCACGGCGCUGGCCCAGUCGGCUCCGGAGCAUGAGGAGGGCUCCGCGGCGGCCGCGCUCGUCAAGAUCAGGGACCUGCUUGCCGGUGGUGGCAGUGCGAGCGCGGCAGGCGGUGGCGGCCUGGCGGCGGGCGUGUCGGCGCUGCUGUCCGGGCUGCGGUCGGAGCUGGCGGGCUGGGAGGGCGUCAUCAAGAGCCACCAGGCCCCUAGUCGCUUGGUGCAGUGGGCGGCCCUCACGCCGGGCUCCAAGCAGGCCAAGUAGAGCCGCGCUGGCCUAGUAGGACCUAGCGGGUGAUGAGCGCCCCCACAGCGAGCAUGGUGCACAAGCCAACUGUCUCUGUGUAGUCUGGGCACCCGGCAGAGCAGCAGCACACAAGCGCGCUGAGUUGCACUUGAGCUGGCUUGGUUGCGUCAUGGGACCAUGACAAGGGUUCAGCGCGUGGGUUCAGCGUUAUAAGAAUCGCUGUUGGAUCCGAUCGGGACUAAUUGGGCGGAAAUCGGCACCAAGGGACUAGUGCGGUGGGGGAUCCUUAACGGCAAAUAACUCGGACCUAGAAUGCGGACGACGGGUUUAGUUCAGGCUUGUGGUUCUGCGGUUGAGUCUGCAGAUACCGACAGCGGAUUGACACGGCUAUUCAGGUGUGAGGUGUGGCGCUGGUGGCGACGGCGGGUGCUGGGGAAAGACCAAUGUAGCCGCAGUUUGGAGGCUGCAACCGGGCAGUGUUCGCCAAGAAUGGUAACGUCAUGGGCAGGAGCGUGUGGCCACAGUGCACCUGCCGUUUGCCCACAGUCCGUAGGAAGGCUGUAUGUGGCCCGAACUUGCACCCGCACACCUCACAACUUCAGGUACACAGGGGCCGCACACCGCGUGCAUCAACGGCUCAACGCGCGGGGUUUCUUGCAUGAUCAUAGUACGGCAUCAGGACAAAAUGCCUGAAUUUAAGAGCGCGGGCC